AUCCUGUCACAUAAUGGUGAUGGUGUGACAGAAAAGCUUCCUGCCAUGGAGUCAGCAGGAAAGGAUGGAGGUUCUGGUGAUGAAAUGGAUGCAAAGCCGACUAGACUAGAUCGAUUUUCAAUCUUUCCAAAAAGAAAGAAGAAUGGACAGGAUCAGCAGCCAGAGGCCAGUAGCCAGUAUCGAAUUGUUACCCCAACAUUCCAGUACGAUAUGGAUUAUAAGAAACUUGGUAAAUGCAUUAUAGUAAACAACAAGAACUUUGCAAGAGAAACAGGGAUGGGUGUACGAAAUGGCACUGAUAAAGAUGCUGGGGACCUGCAAGAAUGUUUCAGAAAUGUCGGGUUUGAUGUUACUGUGUACAACGAUCUCCGCUGUGAUGAAAUGGAAGAAAAACUUGGUAAAGCUGCAUCUGAAAACCACAGUGAUGCUGCUUGUUUUGCCUGCAUCUUACUGAGCCAUGGAGAGGAGGGUCUAAUUUAUGGCACAGAUAAAGCUAUGGCAAUCAAGGACCUGACAUCUCUUUUCAGAGGAGACAAGUGCCAGAGCCUUGUUGGAAAACCAAAGUUAUUUUUCAUUCAAGCUUGUCGGGGUUCUGAAUUUGAUGAUGGUAUUCAGACCGAUUCAGGUGCUUCAGAUGAUGCCCUGGAAAUGGAUGCUAAUCCAAGAUACAAGAUCCCAGUAGAAGCAGAUUUCUUGUAUGCAUAUUCCACUGUGCCAGGUUAUUAUUCUUGGAGAAAUCCAGGAAAAGGCUCCUGGUUUGUGCAGUCUCUUUGCUCUGUUCUGAACAAGCAUGCGAAAGAUUUGGAGAUUCUGCAGAUUCUGACCAUGGUUAACUACAGGGUAGCUAGAAACUAUGAAUCACAGUCUGAUGACCCCCGCUACAGUGAGAAGAAGCAGGUUCCAUGUGUUGUUUCUAUGCUAACAAAGGAGCUGUACUUUGGCAGUCUGGGUGAUAUGGGACAAUGAGAUGCUGAAGGUGCCUUAUUUCCACCCCCACCAUGCCAGACUGGAAUAUUUGACAAAUCUUUUACUCAGCUCACCUAAAUGCGAAAAGCAACUAUGAACCUAAUUCUUGAAAUAGUACGAUUCUCUUGAAAUAUGCAAUACCAGAAUUACCUCAGUUGAUUAUAAUACAACCCUUUCCCAUAUACCACCUGUAUGUGCAUAUGUUGGUAGUUGCUUCUUUGUUCCUGUCAUGACUAAAAAGAAUUAUGUUAAUAGUAUUCUUGCUUCACUUAAUGUGGGAUCUCUUUUUUUCCCCUCUCGUAUAAAAAAAAUCUCUUUUUUCCUGUAUUCAUUUCUUUUAUUUUGUUUCUAGUGCUGUAUUGCCACAUGGAAACCACUGUGGUUUUUUUCCUUAAAUGUUGCCAUUAGUUAUCUGCAGAGGAGAAAAGGGAGGAUUUGAAUCAUACAGGUUUAUGGCCAAAGCAUACUGGAACUUCCAGUGAUUAAAAGUUGAAUGAUAUCUUCAGUGUUUAGGUUUUGAACGACUUUGUUGUUCAACCCAUAUUUCUUGGUCUCAGUGUGAAUGUAAAUGAAAAGUAGUCAGCGUACAGCUUCCUAAAUCUAUAACUCCCAGCUUUCCCUCGCCAUUCGCUGUGGUGGCUAGAGCUAAAGGGAGCUGCAGUCCAGCUAACCUGGAGAACUACGCUUUGCCCAACCUGAUUGAUGGUUUUGUGGGCUAGGUCCAGAUGUAGCCAUGCUUAAGUCCAUGGAAAUUAUGACUCAAUUGUAACUGAUUUCAGUGAGACUAGUCUAAGCAGUCAAUGCUUGGCUCCAACCCGCUGA